AUGAAGCUGCACACCAAGGAUCAGGCGAAGGAAGGCAAGAAGGAGUCUAAAUCGCCGCCCGUCGCUAAGUGGGAACCGUCCAUCGAGGGCUACCUCCGUUUUCUAGUCGACAUCAAGAUCGUUUAUGAUACCCUCGAAAUGAUCAUCCAGAAGGCCGCCUAUCCCUGGUAUGCUGAGUUCAGGAGUACUGGCUUGGAAAGGUCUGAAAAAUUAGCUAAAGAUCUAAAAUGGUUCAAGGACCAAGGGCAUACCAUUCCCGAGCCUUCUUCUCCUGGUGUUUCUUAUUCCCAGCAUCUCGAGGAGCUAUCUCAAAAGGAUCCUCAAGCUUUCAUCUGCCACUUUUACAAUAUAUACUUUACUCAUAGUGCUGGUGGGCGAAUGAUUGGCAAAAAGGGAGAUUCCAUCCAAAUUUUGCUCGACCAUCCAUGGAGGUUCAAUGCAACUUGA